AUGGCGUCGAAAUAUGCGUUUAGCCAGGGCUUGAAGGAGUUGCGCUUCUUGUUCUGCCAGACGAGCGAGCAUAGUGCGCCGGUGAGAAACUUCCUCACCCGAACCUAUCCCACAAUGAAGAAGCACAACCCCCACACCCCCAUCAUGAUCCGCGAAGCCAGCGGCACCGAGCCCACCCUCUAUGCGCGAUUCGAUUUUGGCAAGGAGAAAAGGGUGUCGUUGAAGGGACUGGACGACAAGGCUAUCGAGCAGCAAGUCACGCAACUUGCGCAAUCCACUAUAUAA